CUUUGUGUUGUUCGCCUCCUGUCUGCCAACUGUGCUGUGUUCUAUCUGUCAUGGCCAAACGUCAACAAUAACACUUACGUCAAUUAUAACUCGAGUAACCGGUACUGUGUGGUUGACACAAUUCUUAAAAGAGAAAUAUGGACUCCAGACUUUCAAGAGAUUCCCUGCAACAAGCAAUAGUUACCCACAAUUUGCAAGUUAAAGCAUUAAUUCAGGACAUAAGUCAUGUUAGUGGGCCAAUGGAUCUCCUUAAUGAUAUGAAUGCAGAAGGCCGAGAGAAAUUAGCCAAACUGCGGAAAUAUAUUGAGCAAUAUGAGUGGAUUGUCAGGGAAGCAAAUGAUUCUACUGACAAACAACUACUCCAGAAAGAAGUAGAAAGUCACCGUCAACAGUACACAAGUUCCUUAUCAGCCUUUAGGCAAGCAAAUAUUGGUGCUAUGCUCCGUAUUGAGAAGGUUGCCAAAACAGAACUCUUUAACUACAGUGAUAACAAUGAAGGCGGUGACGAUUCUGGAAUGCGCCAUCGAAAAGACAAAGCUGGCCUUGCCAAAAUGUCCACCAAUGUUACUGACCAAUUAUUAUCGAUAAGUCGAAAUUUGGCUGACACGACUCAAAGAAGUGCUGAAACUUUGGAAACUCUAGCUAACUCAUCUACAAGUGUUCAUAGCACAAAAGAUGAACUUCGCACCACAUCAAGCGUCAUCCAACAAUCUGGAACACUCCUAGCUAAAUACGGAAGGAGGGAACUUACAGAUAAAGUCCUCCUUUUUUUUGCAUUUGCAUUUUUUUUUGCAUGCGUUUUAUAUAUAGUUUAUAAGAGAUUAUUUUAAAUUAUUUUUAAAAUUUUUCAAAAGUAUGAUGAAUUAUAACAACAAAUUGUAAAAAAAUAAACAAACACUAAAUUUUUAGCUCAGA